UUACGCCCUCUACUCUUUAUAUACAACCCAUACCCCACCCAACCACCUAAUAUCGCACCGCAAUGCCUUCUUUCGCAUCAAUCGCCACCUUCGCCACCCUCGCCCUUGGGGCUCUUGUUUCUGCUGCCCCCGCGGCCCCUACGCCCAAUGUUGGUGUUCCCACUGCUCCCGUGUCGACACCUUCCGUUCCACCCGUGGCCCCCGCUCCCCCGGCGCCGACACCCUCUGUGCCCCCGAUGUCCAGCUUCGAGCAGCGUGACGAUGUUAAGAGCUUUGCUGCCAUCUUCGUUGAGCUCCAAGUCAGCUUGGUCCCGGUUGUGGCUGAGCUCAACUAUAUUGUCACCGACAACUGCACUUCCGAUGCCCUUACCCCGAUCAUCACUGAUGUGACCAACGUCAUCUCUGCCGCUGUCACCGACCUCAACGCUCUCGUUGGCCAGUCCGCCGCCGUCAUCCUCGUUAACGUCGACGGCACAGCCCAGCUUGCCCUCGCUGACGUCGCCAAGCUCGUCGCUGAUGUGUUGAACCUUGUUUUCUCUGCCGUUGGCCACGUCCUUGGUCUCGCCAACGUUGACAUCUCCGUCGUCGUCUCGGUCUGCGCUCCCCUUGGUGAGAUCAUCGCCUCGCUCUUGAACGUUGUCGUCUCCCUUGUCGGCGCCCUCCUCGGUGACGUCCUUGGCGCUCUCCUCCCCCUCAUCGGUGGCCUUACCAACGUCAUCGUCAACCUCAACGUUGCCACCCUCCUCUCCAUCUUGAAUCUUUAAACGGGUUUGACGAUGUUGAGGUUUUCUCGAUGUUUGGGCUCUGUGUUUGAUACUUUGCUCCGGAUUUGAUGCAUCUCGUACCCUAAUUCUACCCUACUUGAAUAAACUUGCGUUCG